UAUGGGGUUGUUUUUUCUUAAUUUGUUUAUUAAAUUUAAAAGAAAUAUACAUUGGUUUCUAAAAAUCUAGAGAUCCUGAUUAUCCCCAAAUGACCUGGUCUCCUAGCUUUUCUCCUUCCCAUCCACCAACUCCAAAUUUUUUUUUUUUUCCAAAUGGAAAUUAAGUUGACAAGUGAGGAAAAAUAAUUUGGAAAAAAAGGAAAAAUAAAAUAAACAUUUUAUAUUAAAAAAAAUCCUUCAAGUAAAAAACUUUUUUAGCAAAAUCUUUGAAAUAAUUAUUUUAUUAUUUAUUCAAAACAUAAGUUGGCUCCCACCUUCUUUUCCCCCUCCUCUUUCUUUCUCUCUCCAGCAUUGCAUUGUCAAUGUUUGGUUGAAUAUCUUGAACAAAGAAUAAAAAGGGUGAUCAAAUUAGGAGAAAAUCAAAGGUAAUAAGUUUGGCAUUUUUGGUCUCAUCUCUUUUUUGUAUGAUAAAAUGAGAUGAUUGAUGAUAACAUAAAAUGAACAGCCCUGCUUUGUAAGGGAGGGUGGGUUUUUUUUUUUUUUUUUUUUUUUUCCCUCAUCCUUUUCAUUUUUGAAACUUUCAAUUUCGUUUUUACAAUUUCACAUGCAUGGAUGCUGGAAAUUCUUCCUGGAGUAGGCUGAAAUAGAUGGUGUUUGAUUCGGAAAAUCGUCGGGAAUAAGUCAUCGUUGUUACAUGUUGUUUGGCAAAAAAUCAAGGGAAAACAUGAGCAGUGGCGCGUCAUCACCAGAUCAGAAGAAAUCAGGGUGUGGGCUGCUGGGGGCUGUUUUUGGAGGAACAAAAAAGUUUUGGCCUAGAAGAACUACGUCAACGGGUUCCCUUCCUAGCCAACAUGGUAGCCUCAAUGACGUAGACAGCCCCAAGAGAAUUCCGAGUGUUGGCCACAAUUCCAAGAAGAGACGAGGCAGUUUUGAUGACCUUGAUGCUAACAGCAGCGUCUCCUCUCAACCUUCCUCUAGCCGCGGUGGCCCUAAACCUCAACAAAAAUGCCCUCCUGUUCGAUUGCAACAGCAGCAACAUCAGCAGCAACAGCAACAGCAACAUCAUGUUAGAAGACCAUCCUCAAAUGACACAAGUGUAGUGCAAGCUUCAAGAAGCCUGACACCAACACAGAAUCAGAAUCGAAGUAAUGGUCAUAAUACAAAGAAGAUGCCUCCAAAGGAAGCAUUGGGGAUAUCCGGUGAGUUAGAGAUGAUGAUAGCCGAGCACCAGAAGGGUAGAGGAGGUAUUAAUCUUGUCCGAGCUUCAUCUGGCAAUGUGAUGGUCCAUAGUAGUUUAGGUAACUUGAGGCAGCCUGGGGGAUCCCCUUAUACAUAUACAAAACCAGCCUCCAAUGGCAAGCCAGAAGAACAUCAAGCACCUAAAAAUGUUAUAAACUUUUCAUCAAAAUAUUCGAAUAGUGGGAUGGGGAACAUUGUGAACAAGAAGCAGAUAGAAAACGGGGAGAAAGCAACAGGUGGGACUUCUCUAUGUCGAGCAUUGUCUUGUAGGAUGGACCCUGAGGAGUUAAAGAUAUUGGGGAAUGAAGAUUAUAAGAAUGGCAACUUUGCAGAAGCCUUAGCUUUGUAUGAGCGAGCCAUUGAUUUGGACCCCUCCAAGGCUUCCUACAGGAGUAAUAAGAGUGCUGCUUUGACAGCCCUAGGGCGGCUUCUUGAGGCUGUUUUUGAGUGCAGAGAAGCCAUUGUUAUAGAGCCCAAUUACCACAGGGCUCACCAUCGUUUGGCUAAUCUUUAUCUAAGAUUAGGAGAAGCAGAAAAGGCUACUUAUCACUUCAAACGAGCCGGGCCAGAAGCCGACCCAGAUACAAUGAGUAAAGCAAAGCUUGUUCUAGGACACAUGAAGAAGUGUGAGGAGGCUAAGAGGUUGAAGGAUUGGCACACCGUGCUCAGAGAAUCUGGGAAUACCAUAGCUGCAGGAGCAGAUUCUGCACCUAUGAUAUUUGCGUUACAAGCUGAGGCAUAUCUAAAGCUCCAUCGGCCUCAAGAUGCCGUAACAACAUGGGAAAACGGUCCAGAUUUUGAUAUGGAUCAGUGUACUAAGUUCUAUGGCUCUGCAGGGAAUGCUAUGUUAUUGUUGAUCAGGGCUCAGGUUGACAUGGUUGCAGGAAGGUUUGAUGAUGCAAUGGAAGCAAUUCAACAUGCAGGUAGAUUAGACCCGUCCAACAGAGAGGUGGGUGUAGUGACUCGAAGGGCUCGAGCUGUGUCCAAUGCUCGAGCUCGUGGGAAUGACUUGUUCAAAGAGGGCAGGUUCUCAGAAGCUUGUGUUGCUUAUGGUCAAGGACUUGAGCAUGACCCACAAAAUUCAGUCUUGCUUUGCAACCGAGCAGCUUGUCGUGCCAAACUCAGGCAGUUUGAGAAAGCAAUAGAGGACUGUACUGCUGCACUUAACGCACGUCCCUCUUAUACCAAGGCUAGACUAAGAAGAGCCGACUGUAAUAUCAAGUUGCAAAAAUGGGAAGCUGCUGUAAGGGAUUAUGAAAUCCUAUUCCAAGAAUCACCGGGAGACGAGGACAUGGCAAAGGCGUUUUUUAAGGUAGAGGUGCAGCUCAAGAAACAGCAGGGAGAAGAUGUGUCAAACUUGAAAUUUGGAAAUGACAGUCUAGUUAAAAUCCAAAGUGACGAACACUUCAAAAGUGUGACAUCCUGGCCUGGUCUUUCAGUGGCCUUGUUCUGCAAUAAGCCAGGCGAGAGACAAACACUGCAAUUCAUUGAACAACUCUGCAAGAUAUACCAAACCGUAAAAUUUCUCAAGGUCGAAGUUGAAGAUUACCAAAGCUUGGUGAAAUCCGAGGUUGUUGGCUCAUUGCCAGCCUUCAAGAUAUACCAAAGUGGUUCGAGGGUUAAAGAAAUCCGUGGAGAAGAGCAUGAGUCCUUAGAGUGCUCAAUCAAAGAGUAUACAAGCUAGCAUACAUGAGAAAAGCAUUGUAGAGAAAGUUCGUCAUUCUUUCAUUAAUUUAUAAUUUUUCUUUUUUUCUGGCUAUAUUAUAGUGCCUGGUUGGAGUGUCAAGAAAAGUUUAGUUUCUUAAGAUACAGCUUUCCAUGACUAGGGUAACAAAUAUGGCAGGAAGGAAAAGAAAGGAGGGAACUGCAGGGCAAUCUGAAUCAUUUUGUUUCAAUUUAGAUUUGAUCCUGUUAAUUUGCCAGCUUACACAGCAAAUAUCUGUAUCAGUUCAUUUUGUGGGAUGACUUUUGCA